AUGGAUAUCUUAAGUCCCACCUUCGAGGGCCAUGUGGCGACUAGGAAGGACGCCCUCAUUCUCUUUGAGGCCUGCCUGAGAGGCCAGCUGAGCUAUGUCACCCGCCCACCAACACCGGCCGAGCGACGACGGGGUUUCCCCAAGAGCGGCAGUGUUUUUAUUUCUCUGGCGAGUACAAAAGGUCUUGCUCGCUGGGUCGACGGCGCCAAUUGGCGCUCAGAAAUCUCGAGGUACCGCCACGCUCUGCUUCUAGAGCUCGAGAAGGCAAAUUCAGCGCACUGCUCUCGGAAAGACAUAGACAAAGCAGCGUUGAAAAAGGGCGGCCUCGUGAAGCAGACUUUUACAGCUUACUACCAGGGGACAAAAUAUCGCCUGACCAGCUACAUCACAAUUGAUGAUGUGAAAUCAGAGCGUUGGAUUGCACCGACCAACCAUCCCACCUUAGGGACUAUUACCCCCCGCAAAGAGCUUAUCUCCUCUUUAGGGGCCAAUGCAUACAUCAAUGAGGAUUGUGUACAGUUAUAUCUUUGGCAAUUGUCACCAGAAAAAGACUGGGGGAGUGGAAGCCAUCAGCAGCAGGCCAAUGAAGUCCAACACCAACAUUCGACAUUUAACGCUGCAUCCGCCCCGGGCCACCAAGUCGAGGGGGUACCUCAAGUGCCUCUAGUCAAACGGUUCUCCAGUGUCCAUCAAACUAUGCCAUAGCCUAUUUACCCCUGUUUCGUCCUCACAGCAAAGCAAAUGGAUCCGGUAUACCACGGGUCAUGGGUGGAAAGCGGAGGUUCAAAUAGCAUUAGGAAAUGAACUGCGGAGAGAUUUUUUUAUGGCUGAUAUAUCCCAAAAUACACGGUAAUGUGCUCGCAGUUCUGUACGAAGUUGACAUACUAUCUA